AUGGUGAUAAAAACAAACAUUCGUGGAGUGAGUCGGUUGAGAUCAGUGUGUGCCCAGAUAGUAGCAUGUAUGUCUCCAAAUCUCCUCUUGUUGAAUCUGGGAAUGGCUAUAAGUUUCUCGACCAUCGCUGUCCCGGAUUUACUAAACGCGAAAGAAGGCUUAUCACUAGAUGACACACAAGCUUCUUGGUUCGGUAGCAUAUCCUAUUUAUCGCAGCCAUUAGGUGCCCUGUUAUCUGGGCCUAUAGUAGACUAUGUGGGGAGAAAAAAAGGAACGUUUCUAGUCAAUUUGCCGCAUAUCAUGGCAUGGACACUCAUGUACUUUGCGUGGGACCUGCCAUCACUGUUCAUUGCUAAUGGGCUGUUGGGUUUUGGAUCGGGCGUUAUGGAGGCGCCUAUUAACUCUUAUGUUGGUGAAAUAAGCGAGCCGACAAUGCGCGGAGCUCUCUGCACCUUGACUUUGUUGUUCACCGCUAUCGGUACAUUUGUCAUGUACUUUCUUGGUACUGUCGUCACUUGGCGAUUCGCGGCAUUAAUAUGUCUCUCAAUACCUUUUUGUUCUAUGCUCCUAGUACUUUUGGUUCCCGAAACACCAGUGUGGCUUCUAGUCCACGGUCGAGAUGAAGAAGCUUUGAGGUCCCUCUGUUACCUUCGGGGUUGGACAAAGCCGGAGACGGUUAAAGAGGAAUUUGACCAGCUCACUGUCUACUCCAAGACGCUAAAAAAAUGUGUGAUUUGCACCAAUAAUGACCAGGAUACGAAGACAUGUGAGCACGAUUCUAUGAAUUGGUUUAAGAGGACUGCAUUGAAGUUCAGAUAUGUAAUCUUUUGCAAGGAGACACUGAGGCCCCUACAGCUGUCGAUGCUGUAUUUCCUAUUCUUCGUGAUGAGUGGACUAAACCCUAUCAAGCCGAACAUGGUGAACAUUUGUGGAGCGUUGGGGAUGCCUCACGAUGGGAGGCAAAUUGUGAUGAUAGUUGGUGCGAUAACGUGUUUGAGCAGCGUUUUCGUGAUAAUGGCCAUAAAGCUGUUAGGAAAACGGAAACUUGCGAUAUCCUCUCUGUUCCUAACAGCUGUCUCCUGUGUUGGUCUCAGCGUAUAUGCCAGACAACACUUGGACUAUAGCGUGUUCUCCUAUGACGUCACUACAUUCCCGAAAGAGAAGAGUAUGUUACCGCUAGUGCUGUUCUAUUUGAUGACUUGGUUCACGGGUUGUGGCAUACCCUGGGUGCUGCUUGGUGAAGUCUUUCCGUUCAGGAGUCGCGCUACAGCUCAAGGAAUUUCUGCAGCCAGCAAUUACGUCUUCACGUUCCUCGCAGCAAAAACAUUUAUAGAUCUGGAAACGAACAUUAGACUAUGGGGAGUCUUUGCAACUUACGCAGCAUUUGGCUUCCUGGGCUCAAUUUAUUUAUACUUCUUCCUACCAGAGACCGAAGGGAAAUCCUUACAAGAAAUAGAAUCUUUUUACAAUGGGAAACUAAGGGUGUUCCCAGACGAUCCCGUUUAUAACUUUUUCAAGAGACGUAAUAAUAAGAUUUAA